AACUUUUGCCUCAUUUUGUUGGUAAAAUAACUGCUCCCACCUGAGGCCUGAGAGGCUAGGCACUACUCCUAAAUGCCGAUUCCGCCCAGGGAGAAGAAGAAGCAGCAGCAGCAUGGAAACAGCUGGAUUUCUUAGAUGCCACAACAGACUCUGGCUUUGUCACUUGCCUCUCCCAAUUACAUAAACAAAGAAACUGCUGGCGCUGCCCUCUCUGCCCCUCUUUUCCCUAGCUCCCAAGUCCUCACCCCUGGCUCCGCUUACUUGUAUUCUUAUUUUAUUAUUAAAAUUCCACUACCACUGAUAAAAAGGUCCUUUUAACUUCCCUCUUUCAAAGUUAUUAUUAGUCCUGGUGUUCAAUUUCUCUUUUUGGGAUAGGGGGAAGGAGCGAAGGGAUCUGAAUUUGUCUAAAUAAAGCAUAUUACUAGUUGUAAUUUGGUCGUUUUGAUUGUCACUAUUACAAGAGUUUCUUUAUUUUUCUGGUCAUACUGGCGUACCAUCUUAUCUUGAUUAAUCCAGUCAGAUUUAAGUAGUAGCAUUAGUAGAAGAAACAACUAGUAUGAUCCAUGGUUUGUAAUUGUAUUGUGUGGCGUUGUCUAAAUUCUUCUUCUACUAAUAGAAAUCGAAUAGCAAAUUGUUGCAUAGGCCAGAAUUGAGAAUACAGAUUCAGUUUGUUCCUCUUGGUUUUGUGUUCUUGUGUUGUAUGUAGGAUGAUCUCAAUCUGGGUUUCUUUUCCCUUAACUGUUUAGUGCUAUAUCAAAGCAAACAGAAUCAGAAUCAGAAUUAAUUGUCUCUCUUCUCCUGAAUUGGUGAAAUCUGUCCUCCCCCACCUCAAUUCAGGAAUUUCCUCUGUACAACAAUCAACAAACACUGACAACAUGGUUGAAUCCUGCGUCGUGCACUCCACAGACGAAGCGGUGGAGGAGAUCAUGAGAAUUCACAGAUCUCUGCCGCCACGCCCUGGAAUCGACGAGGUUGAAGCUGCCAGGGCUCUGAUCCGAAAUGUGGAAAAGGAGGACCAAGCCAGACUAGAUGGCAUUGGUCGGCAGAGCAAGAGUCCUGAUGUCCCCGAGGAGCUCUUCGUUCUGCUCCUUGAGAUGCAAAAGAACUUGGUUUAUUUCCAGAGCAAGGAGCAGAAGAGGGAGGCCAUGAAAUUGGUGGAUCUCGAGAGCAUCCAUGCUCUGUUCGAUGAAUUUAUUCAGAGGGCAUCCAACUGUCUUUCCUCUUCUUCCUUUAAAUCUCAUGAUAAGCCCGCGCACUCAAACGGCUUGCUCCAGAGCAGCGCUCCUCCGCCUUCCAACAACUCAUUCGCUGCUGCCACAUCAUCCUCCACCUCCACCAAAACCAGGGAGCCUUCCUCAGAACUAGUACUGUUCACCAGAGAUGACAGUUAUGUUAAGAAGGCCAAGUCUUCCUUCUACGCUAAUGCUACUGAUGGAUUUGGUAUUUCUAUUUCAUCCACACCUCACAUAUUGGAUUCUACUCUUAAAGUCGGGGGCACCACUGCUGCAGGUCAAGAUGGUGAUAAGUUGAGUUUGAUUAAGCUAGCUAGUUUAAUUGAAGUCUCUUCAAAGAAAGGUACUCGAGAUCUCAACCUCCAAGCCAAGUUGAUGGAUCAAAUUGACUGGCUUCCUGACUCAAUAGGAAAGUUGUCCAGUUUGAUUACACUUGAUUUGUCUGACAAUCAUAUUGUGGCUUUGCCUGAUACUAUUGGCGGCCUUUCAUCCUUGAAGAGACUUGAUUUGCAUUCAAAUAGGAUUGCUCAACUCCCAGAUUCCAUUGGAGAUCUCCUCAGCUUGGUCUUUCUAGAUCUCAGUGCUAACCAGUUGUCGUCUCUGCCUGCUACCUUCGGGAGAUUGGUACGCCUCGAGGAGCUUGAUUUAAGCUCCAAUCACCUUCCUUCGCUCUCUGACUCCAUAGGCUCACUCAUUAGCCUCAAGAAAUUGAAUUUGGAGACAAAUGACAUUGAAGAAAUUCCACAUACAAUUGGUCACUGCUCUUCACUUAAAGAGCUUCGUGCAGAUUAUAACCGGCUUAAAGCCCUUCCAGAAGCGGUUGGGAAGAUAGAAACCUUAGAGGUUUUAUCCGUGCGCUACAAUAACAUCAAACAAUUGCCUACAACCAUGUCAUCUCUGGCAAACCUGAAGGAACUGGAUGUUAGUUUCAAUGAGCUUGAGACGGUGCCUGAGAGCUUAUGUUUUGCCACCACACUGGUCAAGAUGAACAUAGGUAACAAUUUUGCUGAUCUGCAAUCCCUACCAAGAUCUAUUGGGAACCUUGAGAUGCUUGAAGAGCUUGACAUCAGCAAUAACCAGAUCCGAGUCCUGCCAGACUCUUUCAGAAUGCUAACACGCCUUCAAGUUCUACGUGUGGAUCAAAAUCCUCUGGAAGUGCCUCCUAGACACAUUGCUGAACAAGGUGCACAGGCUGUUGUCCAGUACAUAGCUGAUCUUGUUGAGAAAAGGGAUGUUAAAUCACAACCAAUGAAGCAAAAGAAGAGUUGGGCUCAAAUAUGCUUCUUCUCCAGGUCUAACAAAAGGAAGCGCAAUGGAAUGGACUACGUGAAAGCCUGAUUUACAGCACUUUUAUGCUUGGGCUUUUUAGCAGUUAGUGGAUCGGAUGAAAACAGUUAGGACGAUGCAACCAGUCUUAGGCAUCGCCUAGUGGAUCAUAGAUCAUGGCUCCGACUUUUCUUCUCAAAAUUGUGGAUUUCCCCUUUUUUUCCCCAUCAUUUAUAAUUGUUUUUUUCACCCCGAUUUUACUCCCACGAUAUUUCUGUUGUUCAUGCAAUACAUUGAGGUGUAUAAUUCAGCCGGCAAAUAGGGGGAAAGCAAAAUGUUGUAAUCUGUAUUUUUAUUGUAAAAUGAAGUUUUGAGUGCCAUUUUCACAAUUCCUAAUAGCAAUUGGUUCUUUGAAUACAGGAUCAUUUUAAAAGUU